AACUCCAACUUCCUGUUCCAACAAAACACCGAUGUCCUGCAACUGUGUGGACUGGGUCUUUACAUUGGUUUUGUUAUUAUUGUAAAAUAGACACGUUUACGAUCAUCUGUCGUAUAUAAAAAUGGUUAGAGAUAUAAUAAUACAUUGCUGAGGACGCUGACGCCCUUUUCUGGUGUAUAGUUCUCUCGGUUUACUUCUGUAUUUGAGAAUCUGAUGUAGCUAGCGACUGUAACUGGUUGUACAUUAUUUCACUACCAUGUCGGCCAAAGUUGGAGCGGGGGACAGCAAGGACAACGGAGAAAUCAUUAGAAACUACCAUAAACGAGCAUUUGAAUACAUAUCCGUGGCACUAAAGAUCGACGAAGAUGACAAAGGUGUCAAGGAGGAGGCAAUCCAGUGGUAUCAGAAAGGCAUUGCAGAGCUUCAAAGGGGGAUUGCUAUUGAAGUCACAGGACAAGGAGAACAUAGUGAUCGUUCAAAGAGGCUUCAAACUAAGAUGAUCAGCAAUCUCACCAUGGCAAAGGACCGACUCGCUCUUCUAGAAGGUGCAUCAGCUUCUAAAACAAGACACAGCCCUCAGAGUCCACCAGGCCAUCUCCCUACCCCUCCAGUGAGGCCUUCUGGUCCAAAGAACAAGCCAGGUCCAGGUGGUUCUAUGUCCAGUCACAGCAAGCCAGCAAGCACUGGCUCAAGCAGGACCAACAAUAUCAAGGUUGUCCCUCGGGCUGCAGGAAGAGGACAGAAUGGUAGACCAGCAGCAUCAGCAGCAUCGAAGGAACCACAGAAGAGGGACAUGAAGAACUUUAAGAAUGUGGACAGCAAACUGGCCAGCUUCAUACUGAAUGAAAUCGUAGACGGCGGGUCGUCAGUGAGCUUUGAAGACAUAGCGGGUCAGGAGCUGGCUAAACAAGCUCUUCAGGAGAUAGUCAUCCUACCUGCACUCAGACCUGAGCUGUUCACUGGUCUCAGAUCCCCGGCACGAGGUCUGCUCCUCUUCGGCCCCCCAGGCAACGGAAAGACCAUGCUGGCCAAAGCAGUUGCCAUGGAGUCCCACGCCACCUUCUUUAACAUCAGUGCUUCCAGUCUGACUUCUAAAUGGGUGGGAGAGGGAGAGAAGCUGGUCAGAGCUCUGUUUGCUGUGGCCAGAGAACUGCAGCCAGCCAUCAUCUUCAUUGAUGAGAUCGACAGCCUGCUCUGUGAGAGAAGGGAGGGAGAACACGAUGCCAGCCGCCGGUUAAAAACGGAGUUUCUCAUACAGUUUGAUGGGGUGCAGUCAGAAGGGGCAGAGAGGGUUCUGGUGAUGGGCGCUACAAAUAGACCACAGGAGCUGGACGAAGCUGUGCUCAGGCGAUUUGCCAAAAGGGUGCAUGUAGCCUUACCAACAGAGGAGACGCGUUUCAAGUUGCUGAAGAAUCUACUGGGAAAGCAUGGACACCCACUCAACCAGAAGGAAUUAGCCCAUCUAGCAAAAAUGACGGGGGGCUAUUCAGGAAGUGAUCUUACGUCGUUGGCUAAGGAUGCUGCGCUUGGACCAAUCAGGGAACUUGGACCAGAGCAAGUGAAAAACAUGGCUGCUAGUGAUAUGCGUAACAUCCGCUGCAAGGACUUUGAGGAUUCUCUGAAGCGUAUUAAGCCCAGUGUCAGUCCCACAACCCUGGACCUCUAUGUACGAUGGAACACUGACUACGGAGACACUACAGCCUUCUAGAACCAUGGAACUAACUCAUUUCCCAGCUAGCACAUAACGUUCUGAGAACCAUAUGUUUCUUAGAGCGUGGUUGUCCUAUGGUUAUUUUGCCUUAAAACCUUUUCACAACUUUCUGGGAAUGGUACAGGGAGUCGCUUGGCUUUGGAACAUUCUCAGCACAUUUUAAGGAACUUGACAAACUAUUUUUGGGGGGGGGUAUUUCAAUGCUUUAACCAGAAGGUUUCCUAAAAGUUCAAACGUUCUGGGAACGUUCUCCAGCUGGUUUGACGUUGGGAAUGUUCUCAAAUAGUUCAGAGAAUGCUAAGAAACAACGUUCUUCUGUGGGAAUUUCAGUACUUUAAACAAAACGUUUCCUACAGAUUUCCUACAGAUUGCCUCCUAUUUAAAUUCAUGUAAAAAAAAUAAUAUAAUAAUAAUAAUUUGAGAGCGUUAAAACGUUCCAUAAAAAAAA